CCAUGGCCUUGGCGAAGAGGACCCGAUCCGGACCCGCCGCCCUCCUCUGCUGCAUCGGGGCGCUCAUCAGCCAGGCCCACGCCAAGGUCCCCCCCACCACCUCCGAGCCCCCGGAGACCUCCCUGCCUUCCGCAGCCGCCAUCCUGCCGGUGAACUACCGGCUCUCCAACACCCGCCUGGCCUUCUUCCUGAAAGAGAUGCGGCCGGUGCCCAGCGGGAACGGCAGCUCCGGCUUGACGCGCUCCGAGCCCUUCGUCGUGUUCCAGACCAAGGAGCUGCCGGUCCUGAACGUCUCCCUGGGGCCUUUCAGCUUGGGCCUCCCGCUGCCCAAAGAGCUCCUGCAGCCCUCGAGCACCCUGGAGAUCCCCGAGCGCCUGACGGUGAACUGGAAAGUGCGAGCUUUCAUCGUCCGCACCCGGGUGCUCUCCAGCCAGCCCACGGCCCAGGUGCUCUUCUACGUGGCCGGGCGGGACUGGGACGACUUUGACGUGACCGAGCGGCUGCCCUGCGUGCGGCUCCACGCCUUCCGGGAAGCCCGAGAGCUCCGGGCCUCCUGCCGGCUGCGGGGCAGCCUGGCCACGUGCCUCGCCCAGGCCGAGCUGCCCCAGGCCUGGUUCGGGCCUUCCGCCGUCCCUCUGGGUCGCAGGAAAGUUGCGGACGGGCUUGACCCGGCGGGGGACGUCCAGCAGGUGGAGCUGUAUUACACUCUGCACGCGCCCGACGGGAUGGGGGACUGCGGGAGCGAGCAGGGGCCGCGGAGGGGCGGGGCCGGGGCCAGGACUGAGGGCCCUACGCAGCACCCUCUCCUGCGCAUCGGCAGCUUGAGGCUGGUCCAGCCGCCGCCCUCCCAGCCUCUGCAAGAGCAGCGCCUGGAUGACAACGUCUUCAUCCACCUUCCGGAGAAGCCCCUCAAGCCGGGCGAGGUGCUCAGUAUCAUCCUUUACCUGAUGGGCAAUUCGACAGUGGAGCAUUUUACACUCAGGGUGAAGGCCAAGAAAGGGGUCAACUUGCUCAACACGAGAACCAGGAACCCCCAGUGGCUGGUGAAUUCGGAGCUGCAAACCGGGAGCAAACACUCCACCGCGACGGUCGACGUGGCCUGGAUCGGGGGCACCUUUCCCAGGGAGGAAGGCACUUCCUAUGAGGUCAUGCAGCUGGACUUUGAAAUGGAGAACUUCACCAGCCAGUCGGUGACCCGGCGAAUCAUGUGGCACAUCGAUUAUCGAGGCCGCAACCCACCGCCUGACCUGGACAGGGCUGUGACGGAGCUGACAGUAAUCCAAAGGGACAUCCACGCCAUCCUUCCUUUGGCAAUGGAUACAGAGAUUAUCAACACAGCCAUCCUGACUGGUCGGACGGUGGCCAUCCCGGUGAAGGUCAUUGCCAUUGAGAUGACCGGCAUCAUCAUGGACAUUUCCACUGAUGUGGAGUGCAAGUCUAGCAAUGAAGAUAUCAUCAAGGUCUCCAGCAGCUGCGACUAUGUCUUUGUGAGCGGCAAAGAGUCGAGGGGUUCCAUGAAUGCGGGGGUCUCCUUCAGCUAUGACCACCUCAGCGCUCUCCUGGAGAUGACCGUCUGGGUCCCCAAGCUCCCCCUUCACAUCGAACUCUCGGACUCGCGGCUCAGCCAAGUGAAGGGCUGGCGCGUUCCCAUCCUGCCCGACCGGAGGUCAGCACGGGAGAGUGACGACGAGGAGGAGGAAGACGAACGUCGGCAGAGCCGGGGCUGUACCCUCCAGUACCAGCACGCCACCCUGCAAGUGUUUACCCAGUUCCACACCACCUCCUCAGAGGGCACUGACCAGGUGGUCACCAUGCUGGGCCCCGAGUGGAUGGUCGAGGUCACGGACCUGGUGAGCGACUUCAUGAGGAUAGAGGACCCCCGGGUGGCCCACAUGGUGGACAGCCACACGUUGGCUGGACGAGAGCCUGGUACCACCCUCUUCAAGGUAGCCUCACCCCUCAUGGAGGCAGUCCUUGGAGAGACCCUGGUGACGGUGGCUGACGAGAAGAUCACCAUCACUGAGCUGAAGGCCCAGGUGGUCUCCAACCUUUCCCUUUCGCUGCACCCCAGUCCCGGGAAUAGCCAUACCAUUGUGGCCAAGACAACAGCUCAACAGACGCUCAACUUCUCUAAGCAGGAGGCCUUGCUGAGUCUUUGGGUGUCGUACAGCGACGGUACUACAGCUCCCCUCUCCUUGUACGACCCAAAGGACUACACGUUGCUCGUGAGCAGCCAGGACAGGUCAGUGGUGUCCGUGAUGCCAGACCGGGCCUUCCCGGUCGUGGUGGCAGAAGGCGAGGGGUCCGGCGAGCUGGUGAAGGCCGAGCUGAUGAUCUGCGAGAGUUGCCAGAAAACCAAGCGCAAGAGUGUGCUGGCCACCGCCAUGGCCAGCGUCCGCGUGCAUUUCAACUCGGAGGAGGAGCCCACCUACGACUAUGAGCCCGUCCAAACGCCCAGCAAGCCUGGACGGGAGAAGGCUGCUCCGGGAACCACGCCGAGGUUGGAGGGGGAGUGGCCGCUGGUACCCAGUCAGGAGAGUCGGGCACCCAGUGUUAUUAUCCCCACCGAGGAGUUUCCAACCAUCCCUACCGGCUACGUACAGGUGACGCGGGGCCUAACAGACCUGGAGAUAGGCAUGUACGCCCUCCUUGGCGUCUUCUGUCUAGCCAUUCUCGUCUUCCUCAUCAACUGUAUAGUCUUUGUACUGAAGUACCGGCACAAGCGGAUCCCGCCGGAAGGACAAACCAACAUGGACCAUUCCCACCACUGGGUCUUCUUGGGCAACGGGCAGCCGUUGCGGGCCCAGAAUGAUCUUUCUCCUCAGCCCGAGAGCCCAGGCAACCCGCUGGAGAACGUCCAGACAUGUUGCCACGGCGACCACCACAGCAGCGGCUCCUCACAAACCAGCGUGCAGAGCCAAGUGCAUGGGCGGGGGGACGGCUCCUCGGGGGGCUCCACCAGGGACCAGAGCGAGGACCCGCUCAACUCGCCCACCUCCAAGCGCAAGCGGGUCAAGUUCACGACUUUUGCCACCAUGCCUUCCGAGGAGCUGGCCUAUAACUCUAUCCCCAUAGCUGACGAGGAGGACCUGGAGUGGGUUUGUCAAGACAUGGGCCUCCAAGACCCCGAGGAACUGCACAACUACAUCCAUAGGAUCAAAGAGAUUGCAUAAUGGGUCGGACCCCC